CUCAAAGGCCUUUUGGCAUCUUGGGUUUAACCCCUUUUGUCUGGAUCAUCCCGUUGCGGGUAUAUAGGUCGAGACAAGCCAUUCGGCCAUCGAGGCCAUGCGUCAGGCGUUACUCAGUUGUCUAGUCGUCUCAACGUCUUUGCUGAGAAUCAUUAUAUCAUGUCAGUCGUGCCCAAUCUGCUCAAGGCAACUAUCAAGGACCUUCAAUGGGCUCUUGCGGAGAAGGAGUGUACUAGCGUCGACUUGAUCGAAGCCUACCUUGCUGCGAUUGAGAAGGACAAUUACCAAGGACUAAAGCUUCGUGCGGUCAUCGAAACCGGUCCCAGAGAGCAACUUGUCGAGAUAGCUCGAGGACUCGAUGAGCAACGGAAAGCAGGGAAAUUGAUGGGACCACUACACGGGAUCCCUUUGUUGAUCAAAGACAAUAUCAACACGGACCCAGAGCUGGGCCUGAAGACGACCGCCGGAAGCUUUGCACUUGUGGACGCUGUUGUGAAAGAGGACGCCACCUUGAUCAAGCGCCUGAGAGAGAAUGGAGCUAUCGUGCUAGGCAAGGCAAACUUGAGUGAAUGGGCCAAUUAUCGUCAAGGUGAAAACUUUCUUGAAGGUUACGGCCACCUCAACAAUGGCUGGUCAGCACGAGGUGGCGCUUGCAGGUCAGCCUAUAACCCGAAGAGGGACCCCGGUGGCAGUAGCACUGGAAGUGCAGUGGGAGUCUCUGCCGGGUUUGCCCCCGCAUCUAUCGGUACCGAGACCUGUGGGUCGAUUGGUAAUCCUGCGUCGGGUCAGGGCCUCUUCUCAAUCAAACCCACCGUCGGGCUGGUUAGUAUGGCUGGAGUACUUCCCCUUUGUUUCUCACGAGACGUGGCAGGGCCCAUGACCAAGUGCGCGUACGAUGCUGCUCUUUUGCUGAGCGUCAUUGCUGGCCCAGAUGUAAAGGAUCCCAACACAAAAAGGUGGCCUUUUGAACAAAACACGGUGGAUUUCGUAAAGCAGACUAUCAAUCCCUCACUCAAUGGCAAGAGGUUAGGCUUUUACGCGUUUCGCCCGGAGUUGAUCGCGACCGAAGCGGAAACGGAUUACAAAAAGAAGUUAAUGGCGGAAGCCAUUGAGAAGCUUCGUGUUCACGGCGCCACUGUGUUUGGAGAGGUGGAAGAGAUCGACUUUGAUGUAGAAGGCUUCAGGGCUUUGGACAACAUGGCCGAGCUUACCGAGUUCAAGGAGGACAUCGCCGUGUACUUUGCAUCCCUGGCCAAGACUCCGAUGCGUACUCUCGAAGACGUUAUUAAGUUCAACAUCGAGCACAAGGACAUCGAGAUGCCUCCCGAACAACCGGGCCAGGAACGAUUCUUACAAGCUCAAGCCACCAAAGGUAGAGGCGAUCCGGAAUACAUCAAGGCCAACGAAGACAUGAUUAGGAUCGCGGAUCAGGAAGGCCUCAGGGUUGUGUUUGACAAGUAUGAUCUCGAUGGACUCGUUUUCUUCCAACAGGAUGAUAUCGGUAUGCCCGUCUGGUUCGCCUCUCCUGCCAGGUACCCUAUCGUGACCGUCCCCUUGGGUUACGACGAAGCCAUCAGCGAACCGGUCACAAUGUCCAUUGUAGGAAGACCUUGGAGUGAGGGAAAAUUGAUCGAGAUGAUGGCGGCUUGGGAAGCGAUCUUUCCUCCGCGUCGUUUGCCACCCGCUCUCGAGCAUCCAGAAACCUUCAACAAGGGUGGGAGCUAAGAUCUUCUGGUGAUGAACCGUAGCGGAAACUAGAAUCAUUGUGAUCUUGAUUCAUCCCGUGCUUGGUCCAGCAAUCAUAGCACUUUGUAUAAGAUGCCGAUUGAUGAAACUGUU